AUGAGCGAUUUCUUUGUAUAAAAUAGAAGUGAAAUUUCUUAGCAAAACUAAAGUGGUUUGGGUAGUUUCAAUGACAAUUUGGGCUCUAGUUUUGGCAGAUUGCAAUAAGACAAUCAAAGUUUUGGUCCCAAUGGAGGAGGGAGUUUUGCAUAGAAUUCAGGAUUUAUAGUGUAAGCUGAAUAAUAUCGUUCUUCUGUUGGAUUGGAGGAUGUGGUUGCUCCAAUUCAAAUCUACGAAUAUUAAGAACCUUAAACACAAAAAGGGGUAUUUUUUAGGGGGAGUGGUGAUUUCGAGAUGCAAUUCGAAGAGAUUGGAAUUGAGAGAUUGAACAUCCAGCCAAUAAUUUAGGAAGACUCAAAAGAACAUAAGGCACCCUCUCUAGAUAGUGGAAUGAAAAGCAGCUAAUAAUCCUCUCAUGAAUUCGAAAUGAAAAUAGAGUCGGGUGAAUAGAUAAGUUCAAAAUUUAAACCUGAAGUCAAACAACUAAUAAACUCCAACAUCAUUUAAGAGAAUAAGAAUUUGUUUAAUGUGAAUCAAGCCAAAAGCAUAUAUACAAACAAGAUUACUUAGUUAGUUGAAUAGACCUAAUAGAGACUUGAUUUAGCCUCUAAGUCAUCGCCCAGAUUAUCGAAGAGUCAACAAAAGCUAUAAAGAAAGUCCCCAAUAAUUUCAAGAGAUCAUUUCGAUGCCUCUUCAAAUGAAUUAUAAUCUAGUCAAAUGACUCCUGAUGGUAAUAUGGAUCCUGUUCAAUAAAAGUUGGCCAAGAAUAGGGAAUCUGCAAAAAAUUCAAGGGCAAGAAAGAAAAUUUAUUAUGAAUUAUUGGAAACCAAGGUCAAGGAGCUUUAGGAAGAGUUGGACAAAGUCAAAGAAUCCAAUAGAACCCAAACAAAAUAUACUGAAAUAUGUAACAAAUUUUAAGAGAAAUUUUAAACUUUUUUGGAUCAAUAACAAUAAUUAUUUGAUAAAUUGGAGACUUGCAUACUCAAAAAUAAAGAUAACUUUGAAAUAGCAAUGGUACUAGAUGCCUUGAGAUAUAGAACGAACUCAAAUAGUCAAGAAAGAAAUGAUGCGGCAAGACAAUACUUUGAUUCCAUGGUUGAAGUAUGCUUACCAAUAUAAACCAAAUAUCUUAUUUAUGCAUUAGAAAAGGAUAAAGACUUCUUUGCUCAACAACCUGAGUACUAAAGAUCUUAUAUUAGUGAUUAUACUGACUGGAUGAAGGAUGUAUUUAAAAAGACUGAGAUUAAACCAGAAUAGAUUGUUAAAGUUAAGAAGAUGAAAUCUAAAUUGUAAAGUGUCAGAAAUACAAUAUCUGAGUAAAAUUACAUUUCUAUACAUUCUAGUUCUAUCUAAAACAUCAAAGUUCAACUAAAAAUAAUAUAGAGUGAAGCCAACAAGGUGGAUUAAAUGUGGGAAUAACUGAAAGAAUGCUUAACUCCUGUUUAAUUAGCCACAUGUCUUUUGGCUAUGAAAUAAAAUGCUUUUCGUUAAGAACUACAGACAUCGUCGCUAUUUGUAUAGUUAAAGAAUUCUUAGAUGUCAGAAGAUGACGACAACUUGUUUAGAACAGAUUAGUCAUCCAUUCCCAACAACAGGAAACUUGUCAAAAAAUCUAUGUAAGAAUGA